AUGUCGCGUGCAGCUCACGAGGCACACGCCCCGACAAGCAUCCGCACCUCCUCUUCCUCCUCAUCCGCGCAGUCUUCCAGGAACGCGGUCGACAGUCAUCCGGCUAAGACGAAGUGUGAACUUGCUUCUGCUUCUCGCUCUGGAAGGAAAGCAGCCACGCUGCCACCAGCGUCAUCAGGGGCGAUUCAAGGGGCAAGGAUGUCGGCUAAUGUCACCGAGGAAGCGGCGGCGUCAACGCCGCACGCACCCGGAAAGGCCACAUUAACGGAGUCUGAAAAGCGUCGCCAGAAGACACUCUUCUUGGGUGAGUCGGAGCAGUUCGCCUUCGACUUUGGCGGCGCUGUAACGGAGAUCGCUGAGACCGUCUUUGAAGCCGACGCAGCGCAGCGGGUAGCACAACGGGCUGAGGAGCUAGAGGAUACUACCGCUCGUGUUCGGGCCGCGUCUGCUUCGCACGUCACCGCGGCCCCACGGCUUCUGACGCUAGUGGAGGUGAACGCGUAUGCGGCAGAUGCCAUGCAACAGGGUCCGCGGCGCUUCCUGACUCUGGCCAAGGCGGGGUCACGCAAGCGGGCCGUCACAACGACGUUCUCUGCCCAUGGGCCGCAGGAUGAGGCGGCGUCCGUCAACUCCGCGCCAUCAGCCCCUCAGCGAGCGGGAGAUGAGAAUGGUGCCACCCUGGCGGAGGCUAUUCCACAGUUCCAGGCAGCCUUGCGUCGAUACGAGGCGGACCUCUGGCGUGCGCAUAAGCAGCGCCGUGAGGAGGAAGCGCGGCAGCGCAGCAAGAGCACGCGCAGUCAACACGCGUAG